AUGUUAGACUUGAACGCGGUCGUUUUAACGUCUUCUGGAGAAAGUAAAGAUGUAGAAAAGUACGCGGAUUUACUCCUUGGGAACUCUUUCCUCAAAAAAUCCGGGGGGAGAAACUUUGUCUAUCUAACUGACAUAGCAAAUGGGCAUUUUCAUUCUGAAUUACUUCCUGAACUGAUAUCAGCGCAGGUUUGCUCUUCUCAGCCACCUGUGGAUAAUUUGGUAAAUAAUGAAAACAACGACAUUGAUGUGCCUUUGACUGAGAACCACUGUUUGUCACUGGUAAGAAACGUUGGCAUUCGGGUUUACGCAGUUAAGGAAGCUGCUCGGUUGAAGAACGUAUUGCCUUUAGUAACAGCUCCUCGAGAAAUUAGAAUAUGGGUGACGUGGAAGGAGGAGGAGGAGAAAGCUUUUAAAGAUCAAUUGAUUGAGAGCGCGAUUAACGGAAUUAAUUUUACUGACAAUCUCCACAGUUUAAAACUUAAAGACAUCAAUAUAGCAGAAAAGUGUGCUACUUUUAUCUCUGACUCACUGCAGCAUUCUCCAAAUUUGCGUGAGCUCCAUCUGUGGUGCAUCCCUUUACACAGAGGUGUGAGUCAUUUGGCUGAGAAUCUUCAUCACGUGCCACAGUUGACGAAAUUAGUGUUGCAGUAUGUACAAAUGGGAGAAAAGGAAUGUGCGGCACUGGCUGCCUCAUUAAAGUACUUAAACAAGUUAGAAGUACUGGAUAUAAAAGGCAAUGCCCUGGGUCACGAGAUUAUUGAACUGGCCAAGAACCUGAACAAUGUACCCAAUCUGACUAAGCUGCGCCUGGGGAAUACAAAUAUGGGUGAAGAUGAAGCAUUAGCACUGGCUGCCUCAUUAAAGUACUUAAACAAGUUAGAAAAACUGGAUAUACGCAAGAAUGCCCUGGGUCACGGGAUUAUUGAACUGGCCAAGAGCCUGAACAAUGUUCCCAAUCUGACUAAGCUGAACCUGUCGAAUACAAAUAUGGGUGAAGAUGAAGCAUCAGCACUGGCCCAUGCACUAAAGUAUGUGCCACUGCUAAGAUAUCUCAUUCUAGAAUGCAAUCCACUUGGCCACGGGAUCAGGGAUCUGGUCCAACAUCUCAGCAGUGUUCCUGAGCUGGAGCGCCUGAACCUGAAAGGUGUUCAGAUGACAAGGACAGAAUUUGAAGAGUUGUCUACAGUAGUAAAUGAGAGAAACGUUUAUGUGAAUACCGAUUACCAUAGGUAUAGAUCUUUAUUUGAGACGGGCAUCAACCGACUUCGUACAAAAGCUGAGCUUAAAAAAGAAGGAAUAAGAUUCAGAAACGAGCCAGAUGAUGAUGAUGAGGAUGAUGAGGAUAAUGAUGACGUUGACGGUGAUGAGCAGAAGGAGGAGGAUAACGAUGACGAUGUCUCCUGCAACAUUCAUUAA